AGCCACAUCUUCCACAUACUUGUCUAUUACAUAUGACGCCACGCAUGCUCUCUCUCCCCACUCCAUAGCACAUUCAACGGAGAACCUUUUGCAUCCAAAAGGCCAGCCUUCUGUACUCAAACUCGUUGGAAUUCCGUGAAGAACAAGGAUACGAUCAUAGAUGGCAUCACGAUUGAUCCAUUCUUCUGCCUCUAGAUUUCUUCUCUCCAAGCCAUCGCAUAUGACUGGAUGGAGAAAUGCUUGCUAUUUUUCAAGCGAGUCCAACAAAAUAGAUGACCCUUUUAAAGUUGAGGAAGCUGAAACUGUAAAUUUGCCUCCUAGAGAGAAGAUACUUGUGCUGGGUGGAAAUGGAUUUGUUGGCUCACAUAUGUGCAAAGAAGCCUUGGAGCGUGGCCUAGUCGUUUCUAGCCUUAACAGAACAGGCAGGCCAUCCAUACAAGAGCCAUGGGUAAACAAUGUGUCUUGGCACCAAGGAAACCUUCUCUCAAAUGAUUCCUGGAAAGAAGCACUAAAUGGAGUAGAUUCUGUUAUAUCGUGUGUAGGCGGCUUUGGCUCUAAUUCACACAUGUAUAAGAUCAAUGGAACAGCCAACAUAAAUGCUAUAAGAGCUGCUGCUGAAGAAGGAGUAAAAAGAUUUGUAUACAUUUCGGCUGCUGAUUUUGGCUUUGUGAAUUACCUACUACAAGGUUAUUAUGAGGGAAAGAGAGCUGCCGAAACUGAACUUUUGACCCGAUAUACCUAUGGAGGUGUGAUUUUGAGACCUGGAUUCAUCUAUGGAACUCGUCGUGUCGGGAGCAUGAAAUUGCCCCUUGGUGUAGUUGGUUCUCCUCUUGAAAUGGUUCUCCAACAUGCAAAAUCAUUGAACCAACUUCCUCUUGUGGGCCCUUUGCUCACUCCUCCCGUUAACGUCACUGCGGUGGCAAAAGUAGCCGUCAGAGCAGCUACCGAUACGGUCUUCCCUCCUGGAAUUGUCGAUGUCUAUGGCAUUCUACGUUACAGUCAACAGAAGUCUGUAUAGAAGGAGCUCUUCAUUAAGAGCAAUAAUGGUAACAGUUACCCUCCCACCCUUUUUUUCUUUUUCCAUGUCCCCCCUAGCAGCACAUGCAAUGUUAAUAAGUUGAUUUUUUUUUACUACUACCAGUAUUAUAAGGGGUAACUUUUUAUGGACAUGCAAAGUUAAUGAGUUGAUUUUUUACUACUACCAGAAUAUUGUUCUAUCUAUGUUAUGGUUUUUACUUGAUGGAUAAAAACACUUUUAUAGUACUAAAAUCACACAUGUUAUUAAUGGCCAGUACAUUGCACAAUUCAGGAAGGGGGACAUUGUUGAACCGGGUAAGUGGGAUGUUGCCCUAGUUUGUUGCAUGUUGGGAGCUAAUCCUUCAGUUCAAGUUAAAGGCUUUUUU